AUGCCUCCACAGCCCAGUCCCGCCCUGUCCGCCCGAGGAUGGCAAGUCUUGUCCGUCGACUACAACAACCAGAGCGACGUUCGAUACAAGCUUGUUGGCGUGGAUACGGUCAUCUCAACCAUCUCGGGCCAGGCACAACUGUCGUUGAUCGACGCCGCAGCCGAAGUCCAUGUCCGCCGAUUUGUGCCCUCGGAGUUCGAAGGACCUCCGUUGCAGCGUCCGGAUAUCGACCCUCUCGACCGCGGACAGAAAAUCGCUCUUUCCAAACUUCAAGAGAAGCAGCAGCUCGGGAUGGAAUAUACUGUCUUCACGUGUGGUGUAUUUUAUGAGAGGUUCUAUCCUGGAGGUUUGGCGGCGCUUCAACUUGGUGCAGGAACACAUAUCUCGGGUGAAGGACAAUAUAUUCUGGAAAUGCGUCGUCAAACAGCCAGCAUACCUUGCUAUCCUUCAGGUGACGCAGUGCACAUAUGCAUGACAUCUGCGGAGGACGUCGGUCGCUACAUAGUGGCUGCUCUUGAUCUCCCUCACUGGCCAAAUGAGUUCCUUCUGGCAGCAGAAAGGAUGAAGAUUGAUGAUAUUGUUGCGGCAGCAGAACUCGUGUCCGGUUUGUCUCCUACAGGUUUCUAG